CUCUUAGAUCUUCCAUGUCCCUUCACUACUACAGUAUGCAAUGAAACUGCAAAGUACCGGACUAUUGAUGGAUCCUGCAAUAAUCUGGAACAUCCGUAUUGGGGGAAAUCAUUUACUCCAUUUGAUAGAUUUUUAAAAGCAGAGUAUCAGGAUGCAUCACAAUCACCUAGAAUAUUUAGCAAAGUAAGCGGAACAGCAUUAGAGGGUCCACGUGAGAUCAGUAACUUUGUUCACACCACAAGUACACUUGCCGAUAUUGAUCCAGCCAUUAGCUCCUAUAUGAUGACAUUUGGACAGUUCCUUGAUCAUGAUAUAACAAAAACAGCUUUAGCCAAAGGAGCCUAUCCUUUUAAUUUAGACUGCUGUAAUCCUAGUAGACCAAUCAAUUCAGAUUGCUUUCCAUUCACUAUACCUGGUCACGACCCUUACCAUCGGGAAAUACUAGGACUUAAUAGGAGAUGCAUGAAUUUUGUUAGAUCUGUAGCAGCUUGUGACAUUGGUUGUAAUUUAGGUUAUCGGGAGCAGAUUAAUGAACUUACACAUUACAUUGAUGGUUCUAGUGUUUAUGGUUCUACUAUUAAAGAAUUGGAUGCAUUGAAAGACCCUACUGAUAAUGGAAUGAUGUUGGUUUCGACUGAUGAUAGACUGCCUCUUGAUGACUCAGAUACUCUUAGUUGUACAUCGGAUGCAGAUAAGACAUGUUUUAGAGCAGGUGAUGUAAGGGCCAAUACACAACCUGCCCUCAGUUCCCUUCACACUAUCUGGGUAAGAGAGCACAACCGAAUUGCCCAGCAUUUCAAAAAUAGUCCCGAAUGUUAUAACUGGACUGGACAACAAAUUUUCGAGGAAACUAGACGCUACGUUGCGGCUGAAAUUCAACAUAUUACCUAUAAUGAGUUUUUACCCAAACUAUUAAGCAUAGAAAUCCGUGAACAAUUUGGUUUGGUACCAUUAUUGGAUGGACAUUUCAUUGACUAUGACCCAAGUGUGCGGCCAAUGAUCAGGAAUUCAUUUUCAUCGGCAGCAUACAGAAUGGGACAUAGUUUAAUAAAGGAUAAGUUUGACUUUCCCAGCAGCUCUUUUGAUCUUCACGUGCAUUUGAACAAACCUGAUUUAUUAUACGAACCGAGUGGUAUAGAACGUUGUACACGAGGAAUGUAUGAAACCAAAGCACAAACCAUAGACGAGAAGAUGACGAGAGAAAUCACUUGGAAACUGUUUGAAACUAUGGCAGGAAAUGGCGGAGAUUUGGCAGCUUUCAACAUUCAGCGAGGUCGAGAUCAUGGACUUCCGUCAUAUACAACGUGGCUACAUUGGUGCACAAAUAAAACAGUUCAAAAUGAGAAUUUUAACGCUGGUGUAGAAGGGGGUCUUAUUUAUCACAGUGCGGCAGCCGCGGCAAAGCUGGGCAGAGCUUAUACGUACACUUGUGAUAUAGAAUUGUUUCCUGGAGGUAUAUCAGAAGAACCUUUACCAGGCAGCAGAUUAGGACCAACAUUUACAUGUAUUCUAGCUUUACAGUUCAGAGCCCUAAAAUAUGGCGAUAGAUUCUUCUAUGAGGGAAAUACUCCCCUAAAUCCACAUCCAUUUACACCACAAGAACUUGGAGGUUUCCGUCCAAUAUCAAUGGCAAAGAUAAUAUGUGAAAAUACAAAUAUUGAACAGAUACCACGAGAUGUAUUUUUAGAACCUUCAGAAAGUAAUCCUUUAGUGAAUUGCUCGGAUCUUCCAGAUAUCUGUUUCCCUAAGAAUGGUGGAUGGAGCGAUUGGAAGGACAGCUGUUGUAGUAACUGUUGUACCAGACAACAAUACCGAUCAUGUGAUAAUCCGUCACCCAAUGAAUGCGGGAAACCAUGUGAAGGAUACGACUUUAGAUACAAAAACGCGUGUCAUUAUGGCGGCGGACAUGGGGGAUGUUGUCACUACGGUGGUGGUCAUCACGAUGGCCAUUAGAGUUUUCAUCAUGUAAACAGCAGAAACAGAUUAACUUUUAAAAAAUGUAUAGUAAAGUUAAACAGUUGACCAUUUGUUAAUUUUAAUCACUAUAAUUUUUAUAAUUUCGAUUAGUAAUGCUUAAACGUCACAGUUUGUGGACGUGAAGCUUUGAAAGUAUGCAAGUAUGCUUAAGCCAUUAUGGUACCUACAUUACCAAUUGUAUCUGUUCUGUUUACUUUUCAAUCGUUAAGUCAAGAACGUAACUGACAAACUCUAGUUUAGGAACACGUGUUGU